GAGGGAAAUGAAAGGGUCAGUUCCUCUUUCUUUUGCAUGUGGAAGCUCACAUCUGUUUGGUGAGUGUGGUUUUGGAUUAACGCAUUCAUUUGAGAAGCUGGCACUGAAACGUACAGACGUAUAUCGCUAACAACCAAUCCACAUCCCAUGCAAGAUGAUUGCUGUGUUAGUGUUGCUUAUGGUGGGGCUGGUUUCUGCCAGAAUUAUCUGUCCAGACGGGACAGAAUGUCAAGACAAAAAUAGCUGCUGCCCAAUUAAAACAGGAUAUGCAUGCUGCCAAUAUCCAACUGCUGUGUGUUGUCCAGAUAAGGCUCACUGCUGUCCACCAGACUACCAGUGUAAUGCAGAGACUCAGCUCUGUGAGAAAAGGGGGCUUCCAUGGUAUAAAAUACCUUUUUCCUCGCAGAUACCUGCAGUGGGGGAAGAGAACAAGGCUCCUGCUCCUCUGGUGAAAUCUAACAAUCCUUCUGUGGUUUACUGUGACAACUUCUCCUUCUGCACUGAUGGUACUACGUGCUGCAGAACACCUUAUGGACAGUGGUCAUGCUGCCCAUACACUGUGGGUCAGUGCUGCUUUGAUGGCAUCCACUGCUGUCCCUUUGGUCAUCACUGUGACAGCACAUCCACCCAGUGUUUAAGAGGAGCACUGAGAUUUCCUGCUUCCCAACAGAUUGCUGCCAUGCAGAGCAUCGCCAUUCAGAUACCUGCAGAGGAUGAAGGGAAUACAGCUCCUGCUCCUCUGGUGAAAUCUAACAACCCUUCUGUGGUUUUCUGUGACAACUUCUCUUAUUGCCCUAGUGGUACAACAUGCUGUAGGUUUUCUUUCAGGCAAUGGACAUGCUGCGUAUAUAUUUUGGGUCAGUGCUGUGCUGAUGGCAUUCACUGCUGUCCCUUUCUUUAUCGCUGUGACUUCACAUCCACCCGCUGCUUCGCUGGAGCACUGAGUUUUCCUGCAUCUCCACAGAUUGCUGCGAUGCAGAGCAACACCAUUCAGGAUCAGUGCUGUCAAAGUGAGACAGGUUGCUGUGCCAUCGGGUUUCACUGUGAUGAGAAGAGUAAAACCUGUGUGAAAGACUUUGAACACUUGUCUCCUCUGAAGUCCAUGUUAAAUCUUCAGAAUCAGGACAGCGUUAUACACUGCAGUGACAAAGUGUAUUGUCCAGCCGGACACAGCUGCUGCAAGUCACUAAUCGGCCAGUGGGCAUGCUGUCCAUAUCCUCUGGGUCAGUGUUGUAAGGAUGGAAAGCACUGUUGUGAAUAUGGCUAUGACUGCAAUUCUACAUUUACUCAAUGCAAAAAAGGCGUCUCAAGCAUUCCGGCUCUUCUCACAAAGGAAGCCCUGCUUCGCUGAAUUUUCCUUCCUUGAACCAAGUUCACCAAAAAAAGCAAACAUAAUAAAGAGCAUUUUAUUUGGUCAAAAAUGGUCAUUUUUUAAACUUUAAAGUUUUGCUUUUCUAUAAUAUGCAGGUGCAUUUACAUGUUAUUCUUUUCUUAUUUUGAAGGAACAAAAAUCAAUUGCAAACAUAAAUAACUAAUUGUAUAUGCCAAUUAAUAAAAAAUGACUUUAAUCACAAA